AUGUCUAUGAACGCAUUCCCUCGCGAUUCGUCUGACGAAUCUUCGGGUGAUGAAAAUGAUUUUUUACAUCCAUCAACCGAUCCUCGAGAAGAAUUCGCAGAUUAUAAUCCGAGGAAACGAAGGCGCACGGGUAGGGAUGCGAAGGAAAGUGCGGCGUUGGGGGGGUCCGGGGAAGAGGUGGAAGAAGAAGAGUUUGAGGGGGAAGGGGAUGAGUUUUGUGGCGGGGGUGAAAGGGUUGGAGGAGGGAAGGAGGAUGAUGACGAUGAGGAUGACGAGGACGAUGACGAUGAUGACGUCGAAACGGGAUCGAAUAAUGGGGGAAAAGAUGUAGAAAUGGGAGAUUACGAAGAAGAAGCGAAUGCGCCUCGAGAAUUGGGAUUUGGUGCUCCUGGGAAGGGAUUAGGAUUUCAGAGUCCAGCGCCGAGCAAAUCGAAAAAUACUGGAUUGGGUUCGAAUUCGACAAGAGACACCGAGGAUCGCAAGGCCGAGUGCGUUUCUACACCCACGAGUGGACGAGGUGGUAAAAAACACGGUGGUGGCGCGACACCGGUUAACGGGAUGUCAUUUGCGGCGAGGAUGAUGGCUAAGAUGGGUUAUAAAGAGGGACAAGGUCUGGGUAAAGAGGGACAGGGCCGAAGUGGUGUUAUUGAGGUCACUUUGCGACCGCAAGGCGUAGGUUUGGGAUCGGUAGCUGAGAAAUCGAAACAAGAAAAAGAAGAGGAGAAACGGCAAGCGAAAUUGAGGGGGGAGAAAGUCGAAGAUUCUGAUGAGGAGAGGAGGAAACGUAAGAGGAAGCCAAAGACAAGUGGUACGGAUAGUGGCAUGAGUGGAGUGAGCACUCCUCGAAAGGCACCGAAGCCAAAGUAUCGAACCGUGGAGGAAGUACAACGAGCUGCGCCUGGCUUGGAAAUUCCGGAAGCAUUUGCUCCGAUUCUGGAUAUGACUGGACCCGGUCAAAAAUUACUGACUUCUACAUCUGGAAUAUUGACUCCUACUGCUGGACCGCCAAAGACAGAAAGCGUGGAACAAAUCGAGAAUAGGAAAUUGGCUCGAAGAGCCCAGAAUGAUCUAUCGGCCUUUGUUGAAGAAUGGAAGAAUCUUGAGGAGAGGAAAGCUUAUACAGAAAUGGAGCUCAUUCAACAACAGCAAGAACUAGAUGAAGAACAGCGGCAAUAUGAGCAAAUGAAACUUUUUGCGGAGAGCAUUCAGGGUAUUGCCAAGGCUGUACAGGAUGGGCAGUGGGAUCCAGUAAUUGAAGCACUGAAAACCGUGGAUGGGCUUGACAUAUCUGGAGCUAAUGAAGAAUUGUCAAAUAUUGCUGUCGCUGCCGUUCAUCCCUUUCUUCGUCAAGCUACGGAAGGUUGGCAACCUCUUGAGGAUCCCAAAUUGAAUGGGAUGGUUCCGAAUCUUUACAAAAUUCGACAUGUUUUAGGAGCCGUGACUAACGAGAAGGCUCUUGUUGGUCAGGAUUCUUUCAUGAAUACCUCGCAUAAGAAUAGGGUUAAAUCGACUACUCCUUAUGAAAGUAUGAUCUAUAAGAUUAUUUUCCCUAAAAUUGUAUCAUCUAUCAAUAAAAGUUGGGAUGUGUACAAUCCCGCCCCAGUACUGGCAUUUUUAGAUGCUUGGCAAGGAUUAUUACCAAAGUUUGUUGCAUCACAGAUUUUAGAUCAGGCAAUCGUAGGAAGACUUAAUGAUGCAGUCUCAUCCUGGAAUCCAAAAAAGCGAAGAAAUCACGAAUUGCCUCAUCUUUGGUUAUUUCCCUGGCUACAACAUUUACCCCCCUAUCACGCCGAUCCGAAAAGUUCAACUGGUCUUGUCAGUGACGUCAAGCGCAAAUUUAGACAUCUAAUUGAUUCUUGGGAUUUCCAUAGAGGUGUCAUACCGGGUCUUUCGCAAUGGCGCGAAGUGCUGUGUCCUAGUCCUAAGAAUGAUACGUGGACCCCGUUAAUUAUGAAUCAUGUUCUUCCUAGCAUGGCCAAAUUCCUGAAAAAUGAGAAGAAUUUUAGGGUCGAUCCGAAUGAUCAGUCUCCAUAUAUGUCCAGUCUUCAAGGAGUACUCGCUUGGAAAGAUAUACUGAAACCGAGGGUUGUGGGACAGGUGGUUGUGGAUACGGUCUUUCCGAUGUGGCAUCAUGUGUUGCAUCAAUGGCUCACGAUUGUUGGUCCGAAUGAGGAAAUUGGACAAUGGUUUGAGUGGUGGCGUGAUGGGGUUUUCCCAGCAGAAAUCAAAGACUUGAAUGCGAUACAGGAAGAAUUUGAAAAGGGACAUGAGAUGAUCAAGAACGCGUUGCGACUGGGAGAGAAAGUGGGAAAUCUUCCCGCGCCAGAAAGUCCAUCGGUGUCUUCCCUCCCCCCCAAACCUGCAACCGUGCAGCCACCGAAAAAGGCACAGGUCUCGGAAGAAGUCUCGUUCAGGGAGAAAGUGGAAGAUUGGUGUAUUGAGAAUGAUCUACAGUUUGUUCCUGAGAAGAAGGUGUUGCAUAGUGCGGGACCUCUUUAUAGGAUUACGGCGCAGGGGAAUGGGAAGGGAGGUGUGUUGGUUUAUUUUAGGGGGGAGAGAUUGGUGGCGUUGCAGAGUCGUGGGGGCGCGAGGGAGAAAAAUAGAGGUGGGGAUUGA